UCCAACGUUGCCAUCUUCAAGAUUAGAAAAUACUAAUUUUCACUUAAACACCAUGAAGAACGGCUUCUUCUCUGUGCUCAUCCUCCUCUCCUUCCUCUUCUGCCUGGCCAACGUCAACGAGGCUGCAGUUCCUUGCAGCACCGUCGACGCAAAGGCAGCUGCCUGUGUUGGGUUCGCCACCGGCAAGGCUCCCACUCCCACUCCUGCAUGCUGCAGUGGGCUGCAACAGCUUGCUCAAACAGUUAAAACUGUUGAUGACAAAAAAGCUAUUUGCAGGUGCUUGAAGGCUGCCUCCGGCUCUUUGGGAAUUAAAGAUCAGUACUUGAACAAGAUCCCUGGAGCUUGCCACAUCAACGUUGGGUUCCCUGUCUCCACCAGCGUCAACUGUGAAACGAUCCACUGAAUUAUGGAGGUGAUUAUGAGCUAGAAUCCUACAUAUAUAGAUGAUUUGAAUAAAGCAGUUGAGACAAUGUGGUCUUGUUUAAGACCUUUUUUCUUUGACCUUAAUAAUCUUAAUCUUAUGUUGUCUAUUUAAUGCAUGAGUUCA